GCUUGAAGCCAAAUUAACUCUGGGCGUUCCACUAAACGUAGGCAAAAUAGUGCAAAAUCAAGCAAUACAAAAAAAUUUCUAGCAAAAGCAUGUGUAAAUACGUGGGAGUGAAGAAUAACAAUGUAUAAAUAACGGCGCGAAAUCGGAAAUUUAAAAAAGUGAAAAACAAUGCAGCAUGGAUCCUCCCGCAUUUCGAAACAGGAAGCUCUGCCAAAUGCCAUCUCUGGGCCCGAUUCCAGCAACUGGACUUCGUUGCACGAGGCGGUGGCGGCCGGCGAUGAUCGGCGGGUGGUGGGUCUUUUGUUUAGCAACGCGGACCGCCUGGCCAGGGAAUCCCUGCAGGGGAAUACCCCGCUGCACGAGGCCGCCAGUCGAGGGUUCAGUCGCUGCGUGAAACUGAUCUGCACACCCCCAACGCCACCCACUUCCUCGGGGGUUGGAAAAUCAGGAAAGGGGCAGAAGGACAAAGACAAGGACAAGAAUAAGGGCAGGGCGAGGGUGGCUCACCAGACUAUCGAAGCCCUACACAAUAGUGCCCUGGGCAUAGCCAACAAUGAGGGGUUGUCAGCCCUCCAUUUAGCCGCCCAAAAUGGUCACAAUCAGAGCUCCAGGGAACUACUGUUGGCUGGAGCUGAUCCCGAUGUCCAGAAUAAUUAUGGCGAUACUCCGCUGCACACUGCCUGCAGAUAUGGACAUGCCGGAGUCACCCGCAUCCUUCUCUCCGCCCUUUGUGAUCCUAAUAAAACCAAUCUUAACGGUGACACCGCUUUGCACAUCACCUGCGCCAUGGGACGCAGAAAGCUCACCAGGAUACUCUUGGAGGCUGAUGCUCGUCUGGGUAUUAAAAAUGCCCAAGGAGACUGUCCCAUGCACAUAGCUAUCAGGAAGAACUAUCGAGAGAUCAUCGAGAUCCUGAACACGCCGAAGAAGAUACGAAACCGCAAGGAGAAACCCAGAGAGGGUGGCAGCAGAUCGGACAAGGACAGAGAUCGAGAAAGGGAUGUGGUGGACAAGGGUAUUAAUUGGUCGCCUUAUGGCUGUCAUUACUUUCCCGAUCCUCGCGCCUUUCCCUCCCCAAAACUGGAAACCCUACCCAAGGAGCCUUUGAAACCCGGCGAGCAGUACUUUCUGGACUUGGCAGGCCAUAUUCACAAGGGUCCUGUCAGUGUGGGUAAUACCUGCUACUGCGGUCCCUUCUUCCGGCAUAUUGAGAACAAACUAAACUGCAAUCGGAAGAGCUUGAAAAAAUACGUCCACAAGACCAAGGAGCGAUUGGGUCACAAGGUUCAGGCAUUGGCCAUCAAAACCAACGAUCAGAUUGAACAGCUCACGAGGACGAUGAUCGAGGACAGGCUGAGAUGUGAAAGCAAGAGGCAGCACCUCAGUGAGUUCUUGAGAAGAGGCGAACCCAUGCGAUCCACGUUCGAUCAGCAGAACAGGAACUCAAGGAUCGAAAGAACCCUCUCCAGGUGUCGCAGUCUUGAACUCUUGGAAAACAACCACAAGGGUGGUAGGCUCACCAAUUCCAGGAGUGUCGAUGUACUUGAAGAUCAGGCAGUGGAAGCUAUAGUACACCGAUCAGCAGAAGCUCAACUGGACAGCGAUAGCGAUGAUGAUUCCAAUGCGGCUAGAGAGGAGGAGGAUGAGGAAGAAGGUGGGGAUGAGGAGCUGGUUGAAGAGGAGGUACGACCAGAGGAGCAAGUCCCACAAUUAGAGCACUCAAAGCUGGAUGAACUGAAGCUGGAUUUCCUCAAAGUGUCCGAAAGAUUGGGCGUUCUCCUGGAGAAGACUACCUUGAUCAUGGAAAGAGACAGUGAACAGGAAAGUAAGCACCAGCCAUCGUCCCUAUCGCCAUCUUAUAAAACCCAUCCCAGAGCCGAAUUAGCCCAACUAAGGGAAGACAAAGAAAGUGUUAACAGCCCCAACUUCGAUGAGUACACCAAUGUAAUGCGGCGGUACCCAAACUCCAGUGAGACCUCCAAUCCCUCCCAAAACUCCAACAGCUGGGACUGGGAGGCAUCUCCCACGGGCAGUAAUCCGCAGCCUGAUUAUCACAAAUACUACCAGCGCAUUGGAAGAGGGGAAAAUAUGUUGAACUCCGUGAUAAAGGCGUUGAGAAAGGAUGCCUCCUUUACGGAUCUUGGAAAAGAAGAGGCGGCUGUUAAUGAAAGUGCUGAGAGGUUGGGCGGCGAUAAGUUGCUCUACAAGGAGCAGGCCUGUGAGGCAGCUGGUAUCUCCAAUCUGAUGAAGCGUCAGCCACUGUGCUUAGAGGAAAAUUACCCCGCCGUGUCGAAUCUAUUCUACUCCAAUCCCAUCAUGGAGUACGCCGAGGAAACUGAAGUGAGGCAGAAUGGCAAUGAAAAUGUGAACAAGGUUGAGAUCCGAAACAGUGAGAUCAAGUGCCUGAAAAAGCCGAAUGCUGGGCAGGUUCGGGAUAUGGUAGCACAAUUGCAAAAUAACAUUGAUUCCAAUCGGCAGGAUUCCCAGACAGCUAAUGUGAUUGCGGCAAGAUCACACUCCCGCUUGAAUAAUAACUUCCAGCACAUAGAGGCCACAUCUUCGAAUCCUUCGCCCACCUACAGUAUGCCUCACAGAAAUACUGCCCAGUUCGGCCUGCCCGAGAGACACAUACCCAAAGAUGCCUACUUUCAUGAGCUCCCCCAUCGGCCACCGAUACCGCAAAACCCGCAGAGAACGAUCCAUUCCGGCUAUGUACCAAAUGCGAGUUUCUAUCGUAAUGAAGACCUAUACGUGGAGAGGAUGCCCCAAUCAAAUGUUCCCCUGAGGCAAGGAGACUAUGUGGGUGCGGUCACCUAUAGGCCUCUUCAGUCUCCCACCUUUCAGGCUAUUGUCCCGCCCCAUCCAAAUCCUCGCCCACGGAACUGGCCGCAUCCCAGUCUUCCACCUAACGAUAUCGAUCUUGACGAGGUGUCAGCCGUUGGCCUUUACAAUAAUGUCUCGAGCCUGGUUUAAGUUUGCUAAUCCACCAAGUGUUCCCAUUGUACAAAGCUAAUCCUAAUAUAUUUAUCUUAAUCGUAUUCAAGUUAUAAACUAAAACAAAAGUUAACUUAUUUUCAAUUGAUGAAUAUUAUGUAGAGGAUUUAAAAAUAUAUAAAUACAA